AUGGCGUCCAAAGUUGACGCUCGGCUUUUGAAGUCGACCAAAUUUCCCCCAGAGUUCAAUCAGAAGGUCGACAUGCAAAAGGUCAAUCUGCAGGUCAUGAAAAAGUGGAUUGCAAAUAAAAUCUCCGAUAUCCUAGGCAAUGAAGAUGACGUUGUCAUUGAGCUCUGCUUCAAUCUCAUCGAGGGCACACGCUACCCUGACAUCAAGUCCCUUCAGAUUCAACUCACUGGAUUUUUGGACAAGGAUACCGCGCCUUUUUGCAAAGACCUAUGGAUGCUGCUGCUGAGUGCCCAAACCAGCCCUCAGGGUGUGCCCAAGGAACUUCUCGAGGCGAAAAAGCUAGAGCUAAUGCAGGAAAAGAGAGACGCUGACAAGGCCGCCGAUGAUGCUCGCAGACGCCGCGAUGAUUUUGAUCGUCGGGACCGUGGAAUUUCAGACCUGAAGGAACGAGACCGACGUGACAGGGCAAACAAUCGCGCUGAUACUUGGCAGGGCGAUCCGAUCACCACAAUCGCAGAUCGCGAGACCAAUAUGGCCGCGACCGUGACCGAUAUGUCCCAAACGAUCGCCAGGGACGGGGAAGAGACCAAGACCGUCGUCGACAUCGACCGCGAUCACAUUCGUUGGGAAAAUCCUCACGUUCGAGGUCACGCGACAGGAGCGCAUCUGGUAGCACAGCUAGCAGCAGAUCCAACUCUCCUCCACGCCGGAGAGUCUCGUCGCCAAGGCGCCCUGGAGGUCGGAAGCGGUCCAGAUCGCCGAGAGGAGAUGCAUACCGUCCAAGGCAUGACCGACGUCGCUCCAGUUCUUCCCGUCAAUCUCGCUCUGUGUCUUCGGACCGCAGUUCACCCGCUCGAAAGAGGAGGAGGGCACAAUCGGAGUCACAAAGCAGAUCGCCGCCGCGUCGAAGGCGCAGAUCAUCAUCAUAUAGUUCUAGCAGUCGGUCUAGAUCUCGCAGUCGUGAUAGAAGCUCCCCAGUAUCUUUACAAUGUGAAGAUUUGGGCAAAUCUGUCAAUUUUGGAGGCGGGUCACGUCACCUGGCGCUACGCUGAGCUCGACCUGGUUCAGUCUGGUGGCAGCUGCUGUUCUUCGGCUCCACCAUGGCGUUUUCAAGACUCAAGGUGGGCUGCGUCGGGCACAUUUCAACACCAAAGAGCACAGUUCAUCGCAACACCGCUUGCUGUCGAAAAUACGCAUCAAAAGCGCCGUGCCCCUUACUUCAACGCUGGCCAAGUGAUUCAUGCCCCCGCAAUCCGGAGCCUAAUACCGCCAGACGACGUGCGUAUGGCGGACAACAAACAGGGCGGCCCAGGGCCUCUGCCGACUCUGGCAGAAUACAAAAAGUCUCAGGCCCGCGUGCGCGAGCUGAUUGAGAAGCGAAGAGUCUUGGAGAAGCGUCUGACGCAAGUAGAAGACACCAUUGUUUCCAAAGAAGCGGCAUACCUCGAAAGCACACCAAGCGGCAACAUCAUUACCGGAUUCGAUAAUUACAUGAAAGGAACGAGCGGCGCGGCUGCACAAAGACGUAAAGCAGGACCGGCGGAUCAGAACCGCGUCUUUUCCAAGUCGUCUAUUUCGUAUAGACCAAACAACGGGGUACUUUUGACACGACACCCAGACUCAACGCCCGGAUCGACGCCAGCAUCGCACGCGCCCACGCCUGUGUCGGCUACGUUUCGGGAUAACGGGACGCCGUCGUCAGCAGCGGGAACAAAGAAUAAUAGCAAGAAGAAGAAGGCAGCUUCUGUAGCGGACAAGGAGGUCGAGGAGAGUGAGAAUGAUGUUGGGGGAAAUAAGAAGAGGACAAAUUUCGGAGCGUCGAGAAAGUAG